AAAUGGAUUCAAGUGAAAAUGUAUCCAGUUCCUUGAACACUGAUGAUGACUACAACUUUUCUGUAAGCAGUUAUCUAGACAUCUCCAGCACAAGGUAGGCCUACAUUAUUUUGUUGAUUAAAAAAGAGACUUGCCUUAAUGAAACAAGAACAGCAGUUUAAAUGUGUAAUAAUGUUCAUAAAUUUUAUAAUUUCUGAAAAUAAAACUUGCUACAUGAUAACAAAAAAAAAAACACAAAACAAAUCCCAUAUUUUAGGUAGCGUUUUAUAUUCAAUCGUGUGUAAAUGUGCAAAGAAAGAUUCUGCUAUUCUAGAUGUUCAAUUUUCAUUUUAUCCAAUUCUCCAUAGAUAUGUCACCGACUAGCGUCACACAAAAAAUAUUUUAGCUAAUAAAAUAUUAAUUAAUUUUUGUAUUUACAAUUUAGGUAAAAGAUAUUUGGAAUGAAGACCAAAGCCUUUUCAUCAAAACACCCUCCACUCAACCCCUAAAGAAAAUCUUAAAUGUAACAUAAAAAAAGUAUCUUUAAUAAAAAAUCUGCAUACACGUUUGACUCGUUUAAUAAUAAUGAUAACGUCACUUUGGAGAUGGUGUCUGUGGGUCGUCGAGUUUGCACUCAUAAUACCCCCCCGGGCACUCCCCCACACGGGCCAGAGCCGGACCUCCAGACCGUGCGGAAGCGCGCCAGGAACCUCACUCCUGGCCUGAGGGACGUCCGGUCGACCGAAGACGCUGCGUUUAAAGCGUCCGUAGUCCACUCUCACUAUGCUUUACUUCCUCUCCGGGGAGGUGGUGUUGCGUUACCACUCCCCACCGCCCUGGGAGAUGUCUGGUCGGGACGUAGCGGGCACAAAACGGUCACCUAGGGGCGGCUUUCUCAGGGCCGCGUCUUUUUAAUCAUUGGCAAGGGUUUUGGCUGCCACCCAUUGCCUCAUACCCAUCAACGGCAACAAGUAAUCAUGUUAGUGCGAGCCUUCCGUUGCGUUGGAAGUCAUGCAAGUGGGUCGGGAUUUUUUAGCUUCGGAAGGGGGGGGGGGAGGUUUCCCCCCUACUAGUCGUCCACGCCGCGCAGAGGCAAAAUCCCAUGUGACUCCACCGAGUAGUGGUGUUGCUCCCUGGUCUAGAAGCGUUCGGCCACGGAAGCAAACGAUUUAAUAAUCGAAGAUCACAUUUGCUAGUUUGAUGAAGACUUUCCGAGGAAGAUCAUAUUUCUCUUCUCCAGAUCCUCUCCGCGAGACUGCGCGUUAUUGGCACUUCAUUACCCAGUACGUUCCGUGUUCCUGUCAGAAUCCCGUUUUUAUGGUGGAAUCCUGUUCUAUGUGGGACCCCGUUCCCCAAAAGGAUUCCGUUCAAAUGUGUCUUCACAUUUCCCCAUGGAUCCCGAUCUCUCGUGGGAUCCAAUUCCCCGUUGGCAUCUCGUUCCCCGGUGGGGUCCCAUUUCUCUGUAGCAUCUUUUCUCAUGAGGUACACUUAAAUUUCUCCCGUAGAUAGAUGGUCAACUUUGACCAAGAUGCACCACUAAACGUAAAAGCUUAUACUGUAAUCUUAGCCUUCGACUAAACUUAUGUUCAUUGAUUAGGCCAUAUAUAAUCGAAUAUUCAAUUUAGACCGUUCUAGAAACUUUCAAAAACAUCUUUAAUUCUUAUUCAAUAAUAUUCGAAGAAACUCAUUUAAAGUGAUACAAACAUAAGAAACUUAAUUAGGACAAUUAUGUUAUUGUAAAGCUGUUUUAGAUAAAAAACGAAGCUUUCAGAAUAAUUUUAAAACUUAAGAAGCAUAGACAAAGAUAACUGAGCGAUACUGAUACUAUCCCCAGGAAGGUAUAGAAAUCUAUAGAACUAAAAUGACGUUUCCAUAAUUUUUUGAUCCCACUAUAUAUCCUCACGGAACAUAAGAGUACUUUCGGAAAAAUUCUAGAUUUAAUUUAAUACCUCAUUGAAACAUGUUCCAAAAGACCGUUUUUAGGUGAUUAUUUAUUCUAAAACGCAAAUAUCUACAACUAAAUGCUCUGACCAUGACUAUUUUUCAUUUAAGUUAAAAGAUUGGCCACGGUGAGGUAUGCAAUUUUCAUAAGGUGCCGUUUUCGUUAUGCCUAAUAUGGGGGAUCUCAAAAUAAUCAUUCUUAAUUUAUAAAAGAGUUGAAAUUGAAAAGUUGUUCAAUUAAAAUCGGUUGAAAUCUAAAAUGUUAAAUUAUAGAACUUUUAUGGAAUACUAUACAUUAGUAACGUUGUAAUUCACCGAUAUUUCAUCAUGAAUUUUUCAUUUUUUAAUGGUGUGACUACCAAGUUUUGCCUAGAUUGAUCAAUUCCCUUUGAACCAUAUAUUAUCACCUAAGCCUAUUACUAUUUAUAUAGCUAAUAUUAGGAAAAAUAAAAUUGGGUUCCUCAGCACCGAAUGAGUGGAUAAUAUGAGUUUAGAAUCCACCAGUAUUUCAAUAUGCAUUAUCAACUGUACGUGAACUAAAAUUGGUCUAGAUACAUCCAUUCGGGCAGGUAGGCCUAUAUGUAUUGGUAAUUGUAUUUAUAUUGCUCAUAUAAGAAAGAAAAUAAAAUGUGUAAAAUCCCCCUCCCCCCCCCCCCUUUUUCUUUUUUGCAUUUACUUCUCGACAAUAUUGAAUAUGUCUGCCAAAUUUGGUCAAGAUCCAUCAAUCUAUGUUACAAAACGUCUUGGAACAACCAAACAAAUCCACAAACAAACCCACAGCAUUUCAAUUGCAUAAUAUAUAUAAUAUUAUAAUAUGCCUGUAUAAUUAUAACUAUAACUAUAACUGAGUCUUCUUUAUUCCCCAAUUCUUUCUAUUUUUCUGGUUCUGGAGACAUCUAUCCAAACAUAAAUAUUUUUUUUCAAGCAUUCCCAUUCAUUCCCUGAAAUAUUUCUUUCACCAAAGCAUUGCAAGAUUAUAAUUUGCAUUGUGCACAAGACUCCUUUGUUGCCUGAGUUCGCUCAGUAAUUUCUUUCAACUUUUAUUUUGAUUUGGCGUGUGUAAUUCUUAUUUGAAAUCAGCUGUUGCAGAUAUCGCAUCUUUUGAUAACUCAACGAGUCAACCUAAAUCAAUUCCCAAAUGAUAUUUUUGAAUACUGAGAAUAUUAGAAUAGUAUUACCAAUUUUUUUGUUAAACCUUUAGGUUUAGUUGUCAAAAAUGACGCAUCGAAUGUUUAACCGUGUAAACACAGACUUGUCGAGUUUGGUGUUUACCGAAAUUGAGAUCAUUUAUUUUUGACGCCGAGUGGGAUUUUUUUUUUUUUUGAGUGUAAAUUAUUAAAUAGCCAAACGAUCCGCUCUUGACGAAUGUGAUGAAUUUAAAAAAAAAAAAAAUUUUUUUAAUCAUAACACUUAAAAUAAAUAAUGUAUUUAGCCAAUAUUAUUAUUUUGUUGUUGUUGUAUAUAUCGAUUAGUAGUGUAUGAAAAUUGGUUUGAGAUUUCGAUAGCACUAGCUGAAGUGAAGAAGUGAAACUAUUUAAAUCUCUUAUGAUAUCUUCCAGUUUUAUGUAUAUGAUAGUUAUAGCCAAUGUUCCCUUUAAGCUGCGCGGCCGCGUAGCUAUCUCACAGACACCGAGCAGCAGUUUUUAGUAUCCGCGCAGCAAAUUUCCAUGUAAGUGUUUGUUUGUGUUUGUGGGAUAUUUAAUUUUGAAAACAAGAAAGAAAAUGAUGCUGUAAAACUUUGCACACAACUGUAUUAUUUCGCACACGAAAAAACAAAACUUAGAGGGAACAUUGGGUAGCCCGCCAAAAAAAAUAAAUGGCGUCUGCCAUGCGUGAACUUCCCAUCUACUAAAAUUACUUGACAAAAUAUGCAUCCAAAUAACGCACUUUAUAAGAAUCCACAUCAUUAGUUUUAAAACACUUUUUAAAAUCAUUUUCUUUAAAAAAAUCUUUGCAGCUAUGACGAUACCAACGUCGAGGACUUUAACCUAUGGAGUGAAAGGCUGUUAAAAAACUACAUGUUUGUGUUUUGUGGAUUUGGAUUACCUGCAAAUAUCCUGAUCAUUGCAACCAUAUCAAAAUUUCAUUCCCGCUGCCCUGCUUCAUUUUUGCUGUGCUACCUGGCCUUAAUUGACAGUGUUGCUCUUGUGGCAAAACUUUUAGAAACACAAAUAAUUUUCUAUCACGUAUAUCUUGGCCGAUUCGGUUGUAAGAUAAAUUCCAUGCCAAGCGUCACACUCACAUCAGUCUCCAACUGGACGGUUGUUUUAAUAAGCUCAGAACGUUACAUUGCCAUCUGUAAGCCGCUGAAGAAAAGAAUCUGGUGUACUAACAAACGAUGCAAAAUAGCCGUGUCUUUGAUGUCGGGAAUACUUACAGUAACCUUUGUAAUUGUUUUUUUUAUUUUUGUGGAUAUAAACUCUUAUGGGUUUUGUUCUGUUAUUCAUGUAACAUUGAACUCAUUUCACUGGCUCCAAUUUAUACUUUCCAUAGCGAUUCCUUUCAUUCUCGUAACUAUUUUAACCAAUGGAGUAAUUAGAGCACUUUAUUAUGCCCGAUGUCAACGUCGGAAAUUUUUCAUCGAUAAGAGAAGCCAAAAGAGACAUUAUUUAGCUGAACAACAAAAUCAAACAGCUGUGAGCAGCUCAGAGAGGAUGGAAAAACUGAGUUUACUCAUGAUGUCAACGGUUUUGUUGUAUUUUGUUGUAUAUUUGCCAGUAUGUGUUACCUUUUUAGUAAUUAGGCCAUUAUAUAAAAACAAUUUCGACUCCCUUGUAGAACUUAUUACUAACAUUUUCUAUGUUCUUAGUGACUCAUCUCAUGUCCUUAAUUUUUUCCUCUACUUUGUUUUUGUUUCGGGAUUUAGAAGAAAUGUUUAUAAAUUAUUAAGAUCUGUUUGUUGAAAAGCAUACAAUUAUUGACCACGAAAAGCAAGUCAAAUUAGUAUAAUGUUUGUAUACAAAUAUAUUUAUUUGGUCACUCAUGUUAUAGAUUCCAUGUUUUUGCGAACCUGAUUUCAAUCUCUCCCCUUAAUACUAGGUUAUAGAUUGCAUGUUAUUUAUUAUGAAGGUUG